GAGCACCUCGGAAGGGUUGUGUGGCAUCGAGACUUAAGAAGCAUUUCGAGCAGCGUGCUCUAGUACGUGAGAAAAAGUUCCAGGCUGGGCGGCGCAUCUUCGGGCUAACUGACUAGGUCCCCAUCCCCGCCAGCAGUCGCAGGCCAUUGUGCUCGGUGGCCUUCAACCGAUUUCUGGAAGCAUGAGCAGGUCAAGAAGUACAACAGAAAGCACAAGAUCGUCGACCUCAGGAAGCCGUACGGAGUCGGCCAGCGCCCCCAGUGGUGACCAUGGCGCUCCUGCGGGUGGUGCACAAGCGCGCUCCACAACUGCGCUCGCUCCUGCCUCGCAUGCCGCAGCGCCGCUCAUUGAACGGCUGGAUGAGCCACGAAGCGCGAUGCCGUGCAUAGUUAUGCUGGUCGUCAUCCUCGUACUCCUGGCACUAGGCAUGCUCGCCGUGUACUUCAUUUUAAGCUUCUUGACGAGCAGUGCUAAUUCCACUGAAGAGUCUUCCGUCACUCCUUUACCGACAACACUACUAACAGUUCCCGAUCUUGUCACUCCUAUUCCGAUGACUCCAACACCACCAGUUGUUCCCCCUCCUGUCACUCCUGCCCCGCGGAGUCCUCCACCACCAGUUGUGCCUCCACCUCCCACUCCUCCUCCGCCAACUGCCCCACCACCAGUUGUCCUGCCUCCUGUCACUCGCCCUCCGCCACCUCCACCACCACCAGUUGUUCCCCCUCCUGUCACCCGACCUCCACCACCACCAGUUGUUCCGCCUCCUGUCACUCGCCCUCCGCCACCUCCACCACCUCCAGUUGUUCCGCCUCCUGUCACUCGCCCUCCGCCACCUCCACCACCUCCAGUUGUUCCGCCUCCUGUCACUCGCCCUCCGCCACCUCCACCACCUCCAGUUGUUCCGCCUCCUGUCACUCGCCCUCCGCCACCUCCACUACCUCCAGUUGUGCCCCCAACUCCCACUCCUGCUCUGCCACCUCCCCCACCACCAGUUGUUCCCCGUCCUGUCACUCGACCUCCACCACCACCAGUUGUGCCCCCAACUCCCACUCCUGCUCCGCCACCUCCCCCACCACCAGGUGUUCCACCUCCUGUGAUUACCCCGCGGCCAUCUGCACCAACACCAGCUGUUCCCCCGACUGUCCCUCCCGCUCCGCCGAGUCGGCCACCCCCAGUUGGUCCCCCUCCUGUAACUCGACCUCCACCACCACCAGUUGUUCGCCCAUCGGCCAGUCCUACUCCGCCAAAAGCUUCACCGUCAGUUGUGCCCCCAUCUGCCACUCCUGUUGCGCCAAAUACAAGCACAUCAACUGCACCCCCCGUACGAGGGCCGGCUCUGAUCUGCACGUACAACAUUGGACGAUUCUCAAAGAGUUCGGUGCUACCUAAUGACGGCAUUUGCGACCAGAUAUACCUAGACUCUGUGUGCAGAUCCCCGCCCUGCAGCACAGGUGCACAAUGGAGCCUCACAAAAGAGAUGACUGAUUUUCUCGACGCUGCUAAAGCGGCAAAAACCAGCAACAAGAAGAUGAGGUUGGGCUUGGCUUUCGACUCCCAUGCCAGUAACAAUUUAAAGAUCUUAACUGAGGAUGCCAGGAAAAAGAUUUCCGAGGAUCUGUGGAACACUUACAAAUGUUCCUACUAUGCAACUCUUCAAAACAACAUCCGCUCAUUUAGCAGCCCGGCGCGGUCAUCGCAACUAUGGACCCUACUAAUGUUCAUGAGAAAUCAACUGGAGAGCCUUAGUGGAGUUCAAGACGAUUUCGGGUUGGUGCUGGGUGUGACAAGUACGGACAUAAACAGGUUCAUUACCAAAGUGAUUGAAGACUACAAUAGUUACAAGACCACCUGGACUAAUUUUAUCAUCAUUAGCCAUACAACGUUUGAAAACUACGCCCUGCCAGCGUAUGCUAAUCCUACGAACUUUGACUUGACCAACUGCUACAUUGUGCCACCUACUAUAUACAACUACAACAAACACUACAACGAGACCUACUACACAUCUCUCGAGGACUCGCGGGACUUCCUGAAAAUCCUUCUGAAUGAGCGCGUGAAGGUGCCUACAUGUGUUUCAGUGACGCUGAAGGGUCGCUUCUUUAAGCCACUUGACCCCGUGGCUCAAAACAGCGACCUGUUCAAGAAGUGCACGGGGAUCAAGAACGUUUCGGACGCAGCACCAUCCUCAAUCUGCUCUUCCAAACCACAAGGCUCGUACACAUAUAAUCCUACUUAUGAGUCUGGCUUCUUUAAAGGCGGUGGCAGUGUUUUCACAUUCGAUACGGAACAGGCGCUAAAGUCUAAGAUGUGUGCCUUCAAGGACCAAGUCAAAGAUUUGAAAUUCAGCUUCGCCGUGUACGACAUCGAUGCCGACGAGCCUUCGAGCCCGUGCCCAGAGGUCCAAUACACGGGCCAGUACAAUAGGCUGAAGCUGCUGCGUAAGCUGUCGGAUUUCAUGGAGAAGUACACCAACGUUAAGGACUGCCAAGCUGUCUCCUAGCAACUGCUGACCGUCACUGCAGCGCGUUGCAUAGGGAAACGGCCUUAUGCGGGAUCGUCUACUCGAAUUCGUGGUGCAGAGUGCACAUUUGAUUUUGUGCGUGCACCUGUUUCUUUUAUAGUGCAGCUACCCUUUUUAUUUCUCUCAGUCUCACUUAUGCUGUUACUUUCCUCUCUAAAUGUGUUUAUUUAGACGUUCUUACCUUAACACCAAAAGACAGUGCUUGUUUAAACGACUUCAUUGUCUGAUAGCCUACGGCGGUCAUUACGCUGUUAUUACUGUUUUGUGUGCUUUUUUUCUUUCUAAUGCGCAAAUUAGUUUGAAUUUCCGGUGUGCCUAUUCGCAAUCGUUUGUCACCAGUGCGAUAAGUUCUGUUCUGCUUUCGCGCUGUUUUUUCGCUAUCAAUGUAAUCUAAUGCCAGAUAACGUAUUAAACAAAGUGUUACUGGCGCCUCUGCAGUGAAGUAUGCUUGGGACAAAAAAAAUAUGUGCAAGCCUAAAUUGCCUGGACUUCCGUGGAUCGCGGGGACAUUGUCGUUCAAAAUUUAGCGUUUUGCUUGAAGGACAGUCACUGUACCGCUUGAAGCUACGAGCCAGAGUAAUCUUGCUCGUUCUUUGCUUCGACCUUCAGUUCAUAUCGCCAUGCUGGCUAACGAAUUGAGCUACAAAGUCGCACAAGGUAAAACAAGCUUUUUGCCUA